AUGAGAGAGCUCAGCAUCUGGAGUAAGGGUGCUGUGCUCCGCUGCCUGGAGAAGAAGGUGCCUGAACUCACCAAGGGCUGCACAGCUGAGUGGGUGCAAAUCUCUGCUCAGCUGUGUGUGCUGAGUAAAAGCAGUAUGAGGCCUGAGAACCAGAGCAGCAUGUCCGAAUUCCUCCUCCUGGGGCUCCCUAUCCGACCGGAGCAGCAGGCUGUAUUCUUUGCCUUGUUCCUGGGCAUGUACCUUGCCACAGUGCUGGGGAACAUGCUCAUCACUCUGCUCAUUAGGCUGGACUCUCGCCUCCACACCCCCAUGUAUUUCUUCCUUAGCCACUUGUCCCUCAGUGAUAUCUCCCUUUCAUCUGUUAUUGUCCCAAAGAUGCUGAUGAACUUGAAAACUCACCACCAAUCAAUCCCCUAUGUUGAGUGCAUUUCACAAAUGUAUUUCUCCAUACUCUUUGCUUGUGUUGCCAACCUCCUUCUUGCAGUGAUGACAUAUGACAGGUAUGUGGCCAUCUGUCACCCUCUGCACUACACCACCAUAAUGAGGGGUGAGCUUUGUAUUUUCUUAGUGGCUGGGUGCUGGUUCUUCUCUUGUGUCCAUGGUCUGUUGCACACCCUCCUUGUGGGCCAGUUGUCCUUCUGUGCAGAGACUAUCAUCCCCCACUUCUCUUGUGAUGUUGUUGCUGUGCUCAAGUCCUCCUGCUCAGAUACUUCUCUCAAUGAGCUGGUUAUCUUCACUGAGGGAGAGUUGUUCUUCAUUGUGCCACUGAGUGGUAUCUUGGGUUCAUAUAUCCGCAUGGCAGUCACCAUUCUGAGGGUCCUCUCCAUCAAGAGACUUUCCAAAGCCUUGUCUACCUGUGGCUCCCACCUUUUUGUGGUGUCUUCAUACUAUGGCACACUUGCAGGCAUUUACUUUUUCUCCUUAUCAGGCAAGUCCAAAGAUAAGGACAUAAUUGCUUCCGUGAUGUACAUGGUGGUCACCCCCAUGCUGAACCCCUUCAUCUACAGCCUGAGGAAUAAAGAUAUAAAAUGUGCUUUUGAUGGCUUUGUCAGGGCCAAGAACUUCUCUUGA